AUGGGACUUAAUAUUGACGUGGUGAAACAAGGAGUAGGCACUACUAAUGAUGGUAAUAGUGCAAGAAGAUUUUUUGAAAAUCCUAAUAAAGUAGCUGAAAUAACUGGUUUGGAUGAAACACUUAUAUAUAAUUUUUCCGUAAUUUUGCAAGUAAUAAGUUCUGGUCAGCGAGUAGAUUAUAUCAAAUUUGGUGUUUAUUGUACAAAAACUGCUGAACGGUACAUUUCAUUAUAUAAAUGGUACUAUAUGCCAUCUUCAGUUCAUAAGUUAUUAUUUCAUGGUGCAGAUAUUAUUAAACAUGCCAUAGUACCCAUUGGCCAACUUUCGGAAGAAGCUCAAGAGGCACGGAAUUAG